UCUCAGAAAUCGAUGUCUUCUCUGGUUUAUCUUUACUCAAAGUUGGUGGAAGAAUGGUUUAUUCAACAUGCUCAAUGAAUCCUAUUGAGAAUGAAGCUGUGGUUGCAGAGGUUUCCUAUUGCAGGAGUGCUAUUGAUUCCUCUUUAUUCAAGCAGUGGUUGCAUAACUUGCAAACUGAGAAUGGAAUUCUAGCCAAUGGUAGGAUGACUUUGAAAGAAGUUCUAAUUCAGGCUCACUCAACUCAACCACCCCCAUUGAAGCCCACAAACAUCAAAGCCUGCAAGAACGCGGAAUGUCUUUCUUCAGUGCCUUCCCGCCGAUUCUGUUUAAUCAUUCAGUUGCCAAACGAAGGAAUACGUAAGAAAAGAAGGGACUUGAAAAGGAAACAAAUCAAUAAGUAAAAGAGAUCCGAAACUAUCAUCAUCGUCGUUGCUUGAGUCAAGGUAUAUGACAAGGGCAGUUGGUUCGUUUCUUC